AUGGCUAUGACUAUGGGAUUACAUAGAGACCCUCGAGUCUUUCCAGGCUUAGCACCAUUUCAAGCAGAGAUGCGGAGUAGGCUUUGGACGACUAUCCUGGAACUGGUGGUUCAUGGAUCUAUCGACUCAUCUUCAAUGCCACUAAUGAUUUCGCCUCAGGACUUCGAUAACCAUGUGCCUCAUAACAUCAAUGAUGCAGACCUAUGGCCAGCUACCCAGGAAUUCUCUACCCCAAAACCACUGAAACAGUUUACCGAGUCCUCUAUUCAAUUAUUGAUGCGACAAUCUCUGCCAAUCCGUAUGGAGGCAGCCAAACUGAUCAACAGCUCUAACUUGGAGCAGUCAUAUAAUGCCGUGCUUCAGAUUGCAACAGACCUACAAAAAGCCUGCCGUGAUCUCGCAACCUACUUCCAACUGCACUGGCCGCAGUACUCAGGCGAGACUGAUCUACAUAGGAAGUUCCUCGAUAUGCAAAUUCGCCGCUAUAUCCUACUGCUCCACCGGCCUUACAUGUUACAGGCUCAGCAUAAUCCACGGUUCUACCUCUCUCGGAAGAUCUGUGGGGAGUCGGCUAUGAUCAUCGCAUCAUAUGCUGAAAGUCUUCAGCUCCCUUCCCAGAACCUUGAUGACCUGUCACGUCUCAUGGUAAUGAGCACUGGGCCAUUUUGUGGUGCUCUCCACCUCGACAUUAUUACUGUUCUAGGGCUGGAGGUAACGAGUCAGCUCAAAGAAACAGCUACAGGAUCAUCAGAACCUGGUCAGCUCACUAUGGACCCUCUAGCCGAGAUGUCCAAAGCACAACGAGAGCCCAUGAUCCGCAUCCUGGAGCAUAUCAAUGAUCAGAUGCUUCAGGUUGUUGCCCUAGGCAUUGCGAGGUUCAAGCGAUACAUCUUUCUCUCAGUCGUACUUUGCCAAAUAAGAGCAUUGGAGUCUGGCACAAGAGACAUCCGGCCAUUGAUGAUCAAAGCAGUCCAGGAGAGUGUGAAGAACUGCUAUAUGGCGGUCCAGUCGUCUCAGUCUGUCAGUACCCCGCAGGGCCCAAUUGAGACGUUGAUCUGUACCGAGUCGCCACCUGGGCUAGAUUUUAACCUUAUGGUAAGUCGGAAGCUUCAUCUUCUAACAGAACGCUUUCUAACUCUACUAGGAUCCUAA